AUGUCUGAGCCUGAUCAGUGCAUCAUAUGCCUGGAUCACCUACCCACGCCCGCUAGCAUUAACGGCGCUUCCUCUGACGAUUCCGUCACCGCUGCUCUCGAGCAUCAGAUCGAUGACCCCGAGGAUAGUUAUCUCAACAUCGUCGCUGCCUUGGAUGGCUGCGAACACAUUAUUCACGAUGCUUGCAUCCGCUCUUGGGCUCAAAAGACAAACACAUGCCCUAUAUGCAGGACCCCAUUCCACUCGGUGCGCGUCUACAAUGGCGUCGACGGAACCGCCGUUUCGACAUAUGACGUACAGGAUAAGAAGCAGGUUGCCGAGUUCGACGUUCAGCAGUGGCUAGGCGACAACGCCGAAGAAGAAGAAGAGGCAACGAAUCCGUGCCCCGUCUGCAAUUCGGCCGAGCGAGAAGAUAUCCUGCUCUUGUGCGAUAGCUGCGAUGCGGCCUAUCACACCCACUGCAUCGGACUCGACCACAUUCCUGAUGGCGACUGGUAUUGCAUCGAGUGCGCCCACCUCUUUGAGCUCACAGAGGAUUCACAAAACGCGCCCGAGCCCGAAGCUCCUCAACAACGCCCCAGGCAGGUUCGUCGUCCAGUUCCUCGCCAACACCGCGGCUUUCAUGUCCGUACCCGUGCCCGUCUGCGGCGGGCUCGCAGGCAAGCUCGCAAUGCCGAAUGGCAGGGUGCUUGGGGCCAGUUCUCUGGUCGUUUCUACGAGAUGAGCGACCUCGAUCUCGACAACCACGAAGAGGAUGAGGAUCUCGAGAACUUUCGCCGCUUCCAGCAGCUCGACCGCCGUGAGCUUCAACGCUGGCAGCAACGCAUGAGCAUUGCCAACCGCCUUGGUGCCCGUGAUGCCUUCGUUCGCACUAUCCCUCCCCAAAUUAGCGAGCGCCUGGAAACCGUCGCAACCCCGCCACCCCUGCCACCUAUUCAGGAGACUCGCGAUGAACGGAGAGCCUGGGGUGCCCUUGAAAUGGCUCGUGAAGUCGACGGGAUCCCCGCUGCUAAUGCACGCAAACGCAAGGCGAGGUCCUCAACCGCAUCCCCUGCAGAGCCCGUGCCCGAGCCCGAGAGGAAGCUGAAACGACCGCGAACUCGCCGUUUACCAACACAUGGCGAGGCCUCUGCAUCCGCCUCGUCGCCAGCUGCGCCUGGUCCUUCCAAUCAACAGCAGACCCGACCAGCCGUUGCGACGUCUCCUAUCAAUAGCUCGUCGUUGCGACCAGGACAACUCCAGCAUUCACCAAACGAACCCGCCCUCGUCUCUGCGCUGCUCAAGGAAUUGGAACCCAGUGUGCAGCUCGAUGAUGAGAUUGGCGCGGCGCUACCUACACGGCACAUGCCUGAUGCAUCCUCUCCGGCCAUAUCACCAUCACCUUCAAAUCACAGCAGUCCAAGGGCUAUGUCGUUAACACCACCUCCACCCCCACGACUCAAUGGGCGCCCUAAUUCCCCGACACUCUCCCUCAGCACUCAUAUCGAACCCGUAUAUGCCCCUGCAAACUAUUCACCCAACCGGUACAGCAGCGAUCACAGUGACACUGAGUUAUGGCCUGUGCGGACGGACCCAGUUCGAACCGUGGAAAUCCGCCAGCCACGACCUCGCCGGCCUCAAUCAACCAUUGGUCGCACAGCUGACAGCUCUCCGACCAGGCUCUCUAUGACCCAAGAGGACAAGAAGAGCAUCAACGAGAUUGUCAAAUCGGCUCUGCGACCACACUGGCGUGCGCAGAAGCUGACUACAGAGCAAUACGCCACUAUCAACCGGAAUAUUUCCCGGCAGCUAUACGAAGAGGUUAAAGACGCUUCUGUGCUUGACGAAGCCACCCGACAGAGAUGGGAGAAGAGAGCCCAUCAGGCUGUCGCACAAGCCAUGUCUGAUCUGGCAGCCUCAUAA